CAUAAAAACACCGCAAGAAAAAAAAAAAAAAAGACACGACAUAAAAAAUUAUUAUGAGCUAAUUUGGUGAAGUUUGUACCCUUUCCCUCGCACACCAACCAUGUCAAUGUGUUCGUCGUCCGGAUCUUGGAGUGGAACAAAGGCAUGGCUCGUCCACGGCAUCGUCGCCGGAGCCGCCGUCGCAGCGGCAAUCGGAGCCCGAUUCUAUCUCGGCAAAUCCAGAAACUUCCGAAGCCGAGUGGUUGGGAUUAUUCCCGCUAGAUUUGCUUCGUCGCGUCUUGAAGGCAAGCCCUUGGUUCAGAUCCUCGGAAAGCCUAUGAUCCAGAGAACGUGGGAGAGGGCAAAACUCGCAACUACAUUGGAUCAUGUCGUUGUGGCUACGGACGACGAAAAGAUUGCAGAAUGCUGCCGUGGCUUUGGUGCUGAUGUAAUAAUGACCUCAGUAUCUUGCCGAAACGGCACUGAACGUUGCAAUGAAGCGCUUCAGAAGCUUGAAAAGAAGUAUGAUAUAGUUGUCAACAUACAGGGUGAUGAGCCUCUUCUUGAACCUGAGAUAAUAGAUGGCAUUGUUAAAGCUUUGCAGGAAGCGCCGGAUGCAGUGUUCAGCACUGCAGUUACGUCUCUGAAACCAGAAGAUGCAUUUGAUCCAAAUCGAGUGAAAUGCGUGGUGGACAACCGUGGUUACGCAAUUUACUUUUCGAGGGGGCUGAUUCCAUUUAACAAGUCAGGGAAGGUCAAUCCACGGUUUCCCUAUUUGCUUCAUCUUGGAAUUCAGAGUUACGAUUCGAAGUUUCUCAAGAUAUAUCCAGAGCUAGAGCCGACUCCACUGCAACUUGAAGAGGAUCUGGAGCAACUUAAAGUCCUGGAAAAUGGAUACAAGAUGAAGGUUAUUAAGGUUGACCACGAAGCUCAUGGCGUUGACAUUCCGGAAGAUGUUGAAAAGAUAGAAUCCCUCAUGCGCGAGAAGAACUUGUCUUAGGUCGAAAACUGCAAAACGUGUUAAAUUUAUGGAUGUCACAGUCGAAGUGGUUGUUCAUUUUCAACACGGUCAUUAGUGGCACGAUCCUUCUAAGCCAAUUUUCUGGUUCACGGUGGUAAGGGAAUAGAAGUUUACAAUUUUAUUUUAAUGCGUCGUUGUCCAUAUUUUCUUUUUUCCUUUUUCUACUUGUAAUUUAUUCUUUGUAGAUGACGCUUAUUUACAGCCUCUGACUGCCUAAAUGUCUAUUCAUUGUCCUACUGUAUCCAUUCC